GCCUAGGCUCCUGGGGACGGGGCCGGCGCCGGGGUCUGGUGGAGUGAGGCGCAGCAAGAUGGCGACCGAGACGGUGGAGCUCCACAAGCUGAAGAGCACUUCUUAAACUUUUGGAGGUCACAGAUAUCUUUGAAACUCUGAUGAAAGCUUGCUGAACUAAAGCAAGAAUGUCUUGCUCGUGGUUUAGAGACCAAGGGAAUAAAACAAGAUCUUAUCAAUAGGCUCCAGGCGUAUCUUGAAGAACAUGGUCAUUGGUGAUGUAAGGUCUAAAUUAACAACAUCAAGAAAACUUUUAGAGAUGGCCAUGGUGGCUCAUGCCUCUAAUCCUUGCACUUGGGAGGCAGAGGCAGGAGGAUCGCCUCAAGUUCAAGGCCAAUCUGAUUUGCAAACUGAAGAGGAAGCAAAUGAAGAAGAUGUACUGGGAGAUGAAACUGAGGAAGAAGAACCAAAGCCCAUAGAACUUCCUGUUAAAGAAGAAGAACCUCCUGAAAAAGCUGUUGAUGUGGCAUCAGAAAAGAAGGUGGUAAAGAUUACAUCUGGAAUACCUCAAACUGAGAGAAUGCAGAAGAGGGCUGAACGAUUCAAUGUACCUGUAAGCUUGGAGAGUAAGAAGGCUGCGCGGGCAGCUAGGUUUGGAAUUUCUUCUGUUCCAACAAAAGGUCUGUCAUCUGACACCAAGCCUAUGGUUAACCUGGAUAAACUAAAGGAAAGAGCACAGAGAUUUGGUUUGAAUGUCUCUUCCAUUUCUAGAAAGUCUGAAGAUGAUGAGAAGCUGAAAAAAAGGAAGGAGAGGUUUGGGAUUGUGACAAGUUCAGCAGGAACUGGAACUACAGAGGAUACAGAGGUUCAAGUGCUGGAUUGUGUCAUGUGACUGUUCCAAAAACUCAGAGCACCCUAUGGCCAUCUUUGCCCUCUGUCACAUAACUGGAAAUCUGCCUGAUGGCCUUUUUGCAAUGGUUCCUUCCUGGAAACCUUGAUGUCACUGAAGUCCUUUCCUAGCAUUCCAGUGCCCCUGUCAGCCCAUACUCCUCAAACACCCUUAACAAACAAAGGCAACCACACACACGAUGUAACAAAUACACAAAGAAUUACACUAAUAAUGAUAAUUUGGAGGAGCACUGGCCAGUCCACACAGGUGAGAUGUAGGAAGUACCCUUACUGAGCUGCUCCCACUGAACUGCUAGGCCAUGUCCUCAAGCCUCUUAGGGGACACAAAGAACAGGAGACUGAGAGUUAACUCAGGUUUGUGUUCAUAAGAGAGCCCUUCACCCCCCUGGAAAGGUAUUUACCUGGUGGUGGUAAUAAAGAGGCAAUAUUUGAAGUUUAAUGCCCCAGCUCUCUAAACUAUAGAGAUUACCUGAUACCUAAUUAUCCCACCCUUACCUUUUCCAAAGUCAAGAGGCAUUAGACCUUAGAGGAAAGCAUCUUCUGAUUUCCUAUUCCUCUCCUCCACCAAGUUAGUGUGGUUGGUGUUGAUGGUCAAAUGUGUCUUGUUCUUUAAGAUGGGGUAG